AUGAAAGAAAAAAAAAAAAACUCGACUUUAAAGCUUCUUCGUAUUUCCUCUCUCUCUCUCUCUCUCUCUCUCUUGCACAGAGUCUGGUUGUCAAGUUUUCAUCUUUGCUUGUUCUUCUUCCCUUCUCUCGUUCAUGGUCUCUCUGUUUGUGUUCUGCAUCUCUUAAAACACAUCAAAUUUGAUUUAAAACUUUGUAUUCUAAUCAAACAUUCACUUGUUAAUCGAAAGAAUCAUGGAUUAUCUGAAAAGGGAAAUGAGUUAGUACCAGAAAGCAGACGAAUUGCUUCGUAAAAGGUCUAUAAUUAUGCGAACAUUGUGUGAUGUUUGCGAACGUGCUGCUGCGAUCCUCUUUUGUGCUGCUGAUGAAGCUGCUCUUUGUCGUGCUUGCGACGAAAAGGUGCAUAUGUGUAAUAAGCUUGCAAGUCGGCAUGUAAGAGUAGGACUUGCUGAUCCUAGUGAUGUACCACGUUGUGACAUAUGUGAAAAUGCACCAGCUUUCUUCUACUGUGGAAUCGAUGGAAGUUCUCUGUGCUUACAGUGUGACAUGGUUGUUCAUGUUGGUGGUAAACGAACACAUGGAAGAUAUCUGCUACUAAGGCAACGAGUCGAGUUUCCAGGUGAUAGAAAUGGAAAUGGUCGUGAAGAUGAGUUAGGGUCACAACCUGUGGAUCCAAAUAAUCCACCCAAGCUUACAACAAGAGAUAAUCAUAACCAACAUCACAGGAUGGAAAAUAAGUUGAUUGACCUUAACUCAAAGCCUCAACGUAUGCAUGGUCAGACUUCAAAUAAUCAGGAACAAGGAAUGGAGAUUAGUGGUGAAAUAACUGAGCAUUGAGAUGGUCUUGGAGAUUAUCAAAGCAGUGUAUGAGGGAGGGAGGGGAUAAACCGUUUUAAAGGCAUACUUUUACCAUUUGAUAUCGGUGGUAAUCCUCUCUCUUUCAAAUGUGGCAAAUGCUAAUAUUGAUGAUAAGAGUUCCUUACUAUGAAGGAAAAUCCAAGAUUGUUGGUGGAUCAAAAAUUCCGAAUUUGUAAUUGUUUAUAAAUGUGUUUCGUUAUCUUCGAAUUAAAUCUCAUGCAAUUUUAGAUUUUGAUGUAUUUAUUUGUUUUUUUUUUUUUUUUAAGUUAUAAACGUC